GCCAGGCUUCCUGCCCUCGACUGCCUUGCUGAAACGAACACAAACUAAGCUCCGAACAACAACACCCGCCGGUCGGUUUGCCCGACAACAGGUCACCGUAUUCGUCAACAUGAUCAAGCAUCACCGCAGGACGUAUCGAUAGCCCACCCCCGAAAUACACCGCCCUCGCAACAUGAUACUGUCGGAAGAUUGCGCACUGGUAGACCGCGCAUCAUGGGAUUUGCAGGCCUGCUAGGCGCCUCGGUCGAGCGCACGGGGAGCUCGAAAUUGUCACCCUCGGAGAGCACCUCCUCGCUGCCUCUGACGCCAGGCUCUGGGGCAGCUGAUGCUGCCCCGCCUGAGCACAUCGAAGAGGAAGACCAGAUACUGCCCCUCGAGCCAGAACGGCCGGACCUUCGAGAGUUAAACGCCUGUCUCGACGCACUCGCGGUAGUCUUCCCCAACAUUCAACUAGAAGUUUUUCGAGACAUGCUUGCCAGUUUCGACGGCGAAUCCAGACUAGCUCUUGUCGCAGACGCUUUACUGAAGAACCAUGUAUCUUGGGUCAAGGGGCGUUGGAGAGUCACAACUGAAGAUGGCCAAGCGGAGGAAGAGCGGGUUCCCAAAAAGGAGACGUUUAGGAGCUCAGAAUACAAGCAGGCUGUGAAGAGCCUCGCUUGGCACGAAUUCAAGGGGCUCUCUCGCUCGGCCAUAAACGCUGUCCUGGCCGAGAAUAACUAUUCCUACCUCGACGCUCGCCAAACGCUGGUCGACCUCUCGUCCAAAUCCUGGCGUUUUACCAUAUCCUCGCUUUUUCGACGCCGAAAACCCGUUUCAACCACCGAGGCCGAGAAUCAUCCCCUGGUUAUCUGGAAAUCGACCGACCAGGGAUCCAUUAUACCCACACUCAGAUCAACCAGCAAUGCCGAGCUCGACCGAGAGCUUUUCGCAGCACUCAUAGCACCGCUCAAGAAACAGGCACGGGCCGCCCGCGAUGCCAAGGACCGCGAGAUGGCCGUGGAGUUGAACAAUCUAGAGGCAGAGGCAACCGACAGCAUGAUCGAGUGUGCCUGCUGCUUCACCGAGUUGGCGUUUGAGGAGUUCACGUCGUGCACCGACCGCGGUCACAUGUUGUGCGUUCAGUGCGUGCGACACUGCAUUUCGGAAGCCGUUUUCGGGCAGGGUUGGCAGCGGAACAUCGACAGUAAGACGGGAUGUCUUCGGUGCCCCGCGCCCGACACCGAGGGGUGCGAGGGCUACAUUUCCAACGAUCACAUCGACCGGGCAAUGCUCCAGGCGAGCAACGGCCCUGAAAUCCUACGCCAGCUACAGGACCGCCUCGCGGAAUACAGCCUUGCGGCGAGCAAUUUCCCGCUGGUCCGUUGCCCCUUUUGCGGCUACGCCGAGGUCGACGAGACCUACCGGCCUGUGAGCAAGUCGGACUUCCGCCUCAGGACGGACAAGAUGAACACCAUUUUCCUCAUCAUCCUCGGCGUCUGCUGCAUCCCCUACCUGGUGCCGCUCGCGUUGUUUGUUUACAUCUCUAUCUUGUUUUUCCUUGUCGCGGUCUAUCGCACAUCUGGGGGGGGCUUUGCUUAUAGCGACCGCCUCAUGGCCGAGAUUCGCGACGCCGUCAUCCGCCGUCGCGAGCGCAGACGCGGCCUCCGGUUCAACUGCCGAAGACCUGGUUGCGAACGGAAGUCGUGUCUCAGGUGCGAGAAGGGUUGGACGGACGUGCACGUGUGCCACAUGUCGUCGCUCGUCGCCCUGCGUACGCAGGUCGAGCAGGCCAUGAGUCUUGCCGUCAAGCGAGUGUGCCCGCGCUGUAACACGUCUUUCGUCAGGGACUCGGGCUGCAACAAGAUGACGUGCCCCUGCGGGUACGAGAUGUGCUACAUUUGCCGCAAGGACCUCACCGGCACCAACAAGAACCCCGAGGUCGGGUAUCAGCACUUUUGCAACCACUUUUGGGCAGAUCCGAAAAAGAAAAAGUGCACCGACUGCGACCGGUGCACUCUGUACGAGGUUGAGAAGGAGGAGGAGGUCCUGCGCAAGGCGAGGGAGGAGGCCGAACGCAAGUGGAAGCAGACGGAACAGAGAGAGCUGUCCGCGGCGGAAGCCAUGUACUUGGAAACAAGUAUAGCGCCGUCGCAGUCGACGACUUGGGGCUUGGCUGCGGCACGGAAAGGCCGCAGGCCCCUAAGGUUGUCCGAUAUCUGCGACUACCUUCUCGUGACUUUUUUCUUACCAUAAUACGGGCUACGGGGUAUGGGAUUCUGGAGAGGCAUGAAGUCAAUAGGGGCAUCGACUCGUGGUUUGCAUUUAAUGAGGGCGGGUACCUGUUCUUACUUUGGUGCAUGCAGCAUCCGUUCAUCAUAUGGUAGGGAGACUUGUUGUACACGGCGCCCGGGUUUGGAGAAAAAAUGCCUUACGUAAUCAUUGGAAUCCCAAAAUACUUCUCAUC